UCGGGCGGAGGAGAGGGGCGAGGAUGCGCCGCUUGGGGCCCUUCUUGGCGGCGCGGCCUCCCUUCUUCCGUCCUCUAUGGUCACCCGCUUCCGGCCGGUCGCGGCCUAGCGCCGUCGCCGUAGCAACCGAGGCCUGCGCGGGCCUAGCCGGCAUGGAGGAAGCGCUCCGCCGCGCCGUCCCGCCGCUUCCCCCCUAUGAGACGCGGGAGAAGGCGGCGGCCCCCUCCGGGGCGGCUCUGGAGCAAGGCGGCGGCGAGUUCAUGCGCUACUACCGCGGCCUCCCGCCCGGCCAGCCUCGGGCGCAGCUGCUGGGCCGCCUGGCCCGGGACUUCGGCGUGGAGCACGGGCGGGUGGCCGAGCUGAGCGCCAGGGUGGCGCGCCUCCAGCAGGAGCGAGCCGGAGCCGAGGGCGACGAGGCCGGCGGGCUGCUGCAGGCCGAGGACCGGCUGCGGCACUACCUCACCCCGCGCUACCGGGGCCUCUUCCAGCACCUGGGCCGGCAGGAGGGCGGCCUCCGCUUCCUGGUGGAGCUCCGCAAGGACCUGCUCGAGGCGCUGGCCGCCCGGGAGGCCGAAGGGCCGCACGUUAGGGAAAUGAACGGAGUGCUCAAGAACAUGUUGUCGGAGUGGUUUUCUACCGGAUUCCUAAACUUGGAGAGGGUUACAUGGCAAUCGCCUUGUGAAGUUCUUCAAAAGAUUAGUGACAGUGAAGCUGUGCAUCCUGUUAGGAAUUGGAUGGAUAUGAAGCGCCGAGUCGGGUCUUACAGAAGGUGCUAUUACUUUGCUCACUGUGCCAUACCCACUGAGCCCUUGAUAGUUCUGCAUGUGGCACUUACGGAUGAGAUCUCCAGCAACAUCCAGGGUAUAGUGAAAGAGAUCCCUUCUCAAGAAGUGGAGAAUCUGAACAAAAUCAGUACAGCAAUUUUCUAUUCCAUCAGCUUGACACAGCAGGGCCUGCAGGGUGUAGAGCUGGGGACAUACCUCAUCAAACGAGUUGUUAAGGAACUUCAGGUGGAAUUUCCCCAGGUGAAAGUUUUCUCUACACUUUCUCCUAUUCCGGGAUUCACCAAGUGGCUUAUUGGGCUCCUGUCCUCCCAAUCGACGGACACGGGCAGAAGUGAUCCCUUCACAGAGCCUGAAUUCAGGGAAAUCUCUGAGAUCACGGGGGACCCUGCUGUCGAAAUUCUAAAACGCCUCUUAACGAACAAUGAGUGGGUGAAGUCAGAGAAAUUGGUGAGACUGUUGCAGAAGCCACUUCUGCGGUUGUGUGCCUGGUACCUGUACGGGGAGAAGCACCGUGGCUACGCGCUCAACCCCGUGGCUAACUUUCAUCUUCAGAAUGGCGCCGUGUUGUGGCGUCUGAACUGGAUGGCGGACACGAGCCCUCGUGGCAUCACAGCUUCCUGUGGCAUGAUGGUCAACUAUCGCUAUUUUCUGGAAGACGCCGCUCAUAACAGCGCCACGUAUCUUGGGACAAAGCAGAUCAAAGCCUCCGAACAGAUCCACAGCUUGGUGUCUCAGUUUCAACGGAGCAGCAAGCUUUAAAUGAACAAGGCAGUAAAUAUUUAUUUAAUUUAACAGGAGAUUCUUAAAAAGGGAACGCUGCCGAUAAAUCAACGAGCUUCUUCCUUAAUCACAGCGGGGCUGAGUAUUAAACUGUCAGGCCGUGUUCUUUGCCUGAAUUUGCUUUGCCAGAGAGAGAGAAAGAGACAGAACACAAUUCAUUGGAGGUGCUGUUUCCGACAAACAGGUUGGGUAAACUCUCCUUAGUGAAGUGGCAAGCCGGUAGUGACUCCUGUGAACUGUAUGUUGUCCCUAGCCUUGCUCGCUGAAUCAAUAUCCUUGUUUAAUCCUCCUUUUCAAAAGAACUGUGGAACACCUGAGUGCUCUGACACAUUAAAGGGAACGGUAGAUCAAUACCAAAGUUGCCUAGAUAAAAGAGGGCGUGAGUCAGGGAAGGCUUUUUGUCCAAAUGCACAAACAAAACAGCACCCUCCCCCCAUCACUUCUCCAAUAAGAUAUUUGUUUUAUACACUCUCUCCUUCUGUUCUGUGUUAAACCUUUUGAUCGGGCCAUCCAUUUUGGCAGAGUACAGAAUCACCACCACCGACUUAGUGCUCUGCUCUGGUGAAGCAUGGAGGGCACCCUGGCAGUGCAUGUGUGUUUUCUGGCUUCGCCUCAAGCGCUCUCAAGGUAGCAGAUGUGUGGAAUGAAGUGCCUGCAGCUUUUCAGUAGCUCUGCUUUACUAUUUCAGGAGUGAAGUAACCAGCUCGGAAAUAAAGGGGUGGGGGGGGGGGGAUUGAGGUUUGCAAUCGGAUGCUUCAUAGUGUUUCCAAAGACUGGUUUAAAAUCAAAAUGAUGGAUUUUAAAGCAUACUAUUCUGUUUUUUGCAGUUGAAAAGCAAUAUAUUAAAAAUGUGCCAUGUUAAAACA